AGAGUAUUAUUUAUUAUUACAUUUUAACACAGUUUAAUAUUCCACUUUACCUGUAACUGGCAAUAAUAUUAUAAGCGAUUUCCUUGCAUUUUUGGAACUAGUUCAGUGAAAGUGAGAUUUGUAAAAGACGACAACUCCGUUCCGUUGUUUAAGUUUAUAAACCAUAUGAUAAGGCCGCUACACUUGAGAUUUUAGAUAAGCUCAUUUGCCGGCAACGCAAACACAUAGAACACCGAUUAGUUUUCAUAGAACCACGUUACGGAUCAGUCUUUAAGCUUACAGCAGCAUGUCGCAGAAGGAUAAUUUUACAUUUCGUAGGGCUGAAAAAACGGAUAUGAAAGCAGUGAUCGAAAUGAUACAAGAACUGGCCGACUUUGAACGCAUGAGCGAUGGCCCCCAGCUGAGCGAGCAGGAUCUGAUACGUGAUUCGGGCUUAGAUGGCGGUCACGAAUAUUGUCAAAUCUAUGUGCUUACGGACAAUGCCACAAACUCCAGCAUUGGCUAUGCGAUCUGCUUCUACUCGUACUCCACCUGGCAAGGCCGUUCCCUAUUUCUUGAGGACCUCUAUGUGCGUCCAGCUCAUCGUGGGCAGGGCACCGGUGCACGAAUCUUUCGGGAGGUAGCCGCAAUUGCGGUUCGAUUGAGCUGCCGACGAUUGGACUUUCAUGUGCUUAGUUGGAAUCCGGCGUGUGAAUUUUAUAAUCGCCUAGGCGCAACGAAUUUAACCAAAUCUGAAUGCUGGCAGUUUUACCGUGUAGAGGAACAACAGUUGGCAAAGCUAGCUAAAGAAUUAAACAGUUAACGAGUUGGAUCUUAACUUGAUCUGUCUAUUAUUAUG